AAGCUCGACAUUUGUCCUAUAUACUAUCGACCAUGCUCUUUAAAAUGGCCGAAUCAGUUUUCUUUAUUUUUGUAGUCGAACCUUCUGAUGUGAAGGGGACCGUUAGCUGGCCACGCCGAACUGCUCCAUUUUUCAAUCUUUUCGAAAAAUUCUUUAGAAAAUAGAAUCGUUUGUAUUGUAAGAAGUAAACAACUUUUUCAUUAACUAUCCUUUUUGUGGAAAAUAAUAUGAAUUGUUUUUUAAAAAAACUGAAUAAAAAUCUAAAAUCAGCUGAUAUAAUUUCUUUUUGUACAACUUUUCACCAUUAUUGCGAAGAAACUGGGGAGGAAGUGAAGUUUAUACUCAAAAUAGUAGAAUUUUUAUCGAUUUUCUACUCCACCCUAUGUAAUGUAGAAAAAAGUGUCGAUAAAAGGUGGAUAAAAUGGUUCUUUUAAAGAUCGAACAAGGAUUUUACAUUUUCAUGUUAUCCUACUUCGUCGCCUUUUUUCAAUGAAUAGAAGAUCGAUCAACCCACGUUUGUUCAUGUAUUUUCUACCUUUGCAUUACCGAGAUGUGAGCCACCUACAGUUCUCGUAUAUACACCUGAUUGUCAUAGAAUAGAUGGGUGCUGCAGUCAAAAAGCUGAUCAUCCAACGUUCGUUUCUUUAAUGCACAACAUUCAUCUUAUUACAUAUCUUAGACUUACCUUAAAAUUGAAAUAUAACAUUUCAAACAACUAGACGAGAUUAUUAAAUCAUUUUAUUUUUUUUCAUUUAGAAUUUAUGAACUUGAUAAAAAUGAUUUGAUGUGUAAAAUAAAAUUUAUUAUGUUUAAAAAUUACAGUUAACUAUGACAUUGGAUUAUUUAACAAUUGAGCUUCGCUCAUGUUUCUAGUCAUUUUUUUCCACUUGUUCUCUCUUUAAUUUUACAUAUCAUAUUUUAUUCUAUUGAUCAAUCAACAUCAUUUAUCUAGUAGUCCAUUACUAAAACAAUCUAUUAAUUCAUCUGUAUUCAUUCGUGCUCUAUCUCUUUAUUAUAUAUUUUUAAUUGGUUAUUUAGUAGCAUUCUAUUAUUAUCCAUUAUAUAGUCCAUUAGGUUUAUUUACAAUUUUUCUUGUCAUAUUUCAUUUAAGUGAAUGUAUAACCGUUGCUCUAUGAUCAAAAGAAACAUUACCAUUAGAAUCAUUCUUAUGAAUAUCAUGCAGCUAUUACCAGUUCAUAUGUUGAAUAUCUUUUUGAAAUAAAACGAUGUUCAAUAGAAUUAAAAUUCAGUCAAUUAGCUUUUAUUAUUCGUCUUGGUAAGUUUAUCUUGUAUAUCUUUUUGACUCUAUUUUAUAUAUUAUUUACUUUUAAUUGGUUUGUUAAUGAUAUUUAGUGGUGAUUUUUUACGUAAAUUAUCGAUUUAUACGGCACAUAAAUAUUUUUUUCUCAUUUAAUUAAGUCAGAUAUUAAUCGCGAAGAACAUCGAUUAAUUACAUAUGGUAUCUAUAAUUAUUUUCAUCCUCCAUCCUAUGUUGGCUGGUAUUUUUGGUCAGUUGGUACACAAAUUUAUUUAUGUAAUCCAAUUUGUACAAUUAUCUAUAUUAUAGCAGCAUGAUAUUUGUUUUAAUCAACGAACUAAAUAUGAAGAAUAUACAUUGAUAAGAUGUUUUCGACAUGAUUAUAUCAAUCAUCAAAAAUGUGUACCCGUUGGUAUACUAUUUAUUCGUGGUUAUGAUUUAAAAUAUAAUAGUAAACAUACAUAUGAAGAUGUGUGA